CGCACGUCGUCUUCCCUCUCUCCGGCUUGAGGCGGCUAAGGCAAACCAAUCCGGGCCGAAACGGCUGAUGCAACCGCGGCAAAACGGCGCAUCUGUCGCUCUCACUCACAUCUCACCGCCGCGCACAUCUCUCCUUUUUUUUUUUCAACAAUCGCGCUUGACACGCGAGACAACGGGAGCGAACGGGCGGCGGGCGGGGCGUUUCUGUUCGAUGUAAAUUAAUACGCUACUUAUUCGCACGUACGCGUACCGCAGGGUGUUUCCUCCGCGCCUCUCUGAGUCUGCUUUUCCCUCUUGUGCCGGAAAGAGUAUAUCUCUCCUAUAAGUAGUUCGUCUCUGAAUCGUCUGACCGAGACACGGGGCUUUUGUUCGACCAAGGAGCGAGCGGAUAAGAUUCCUUUCCUCCGGUUAAAUUCAGAUGCGGUCGUGUCUCUCGAGUCUCGCGCACCUCCUGGUGCUCGUCGCCGCAGCCGACGUAGCCCUCGGCAGCCCUUUGACGUUCUUCCUGCUGACGAAUGCAUCGUACGCGCGGGCGAACGUCGGUCAGUCCGGCACGGCGAACAGAUUGAGCAGCGACGCUAAGCCAGCCAACGGGAGGAAGAAUCCCUUCACGUCAACGUGGACCAGAAUUGUGCAGAAUCCGCCAGAUUCCUUAGAAGUCGCCGUCGGGAGUCGCGUCGAACUGCAAUGUGAGGUAAUUGGGAAUCCGCCGCCCCAGGUCUACUGGAUAACCGGAAACGAGCCGGAGAGGCAGAUUCAAGAGCUGACCGCGCGGGCCCAAAAAGCGAGCGACAUCAUGGACACGGAAUGGGACGGAGUCAGUCUGGUUACUUCCACAUACGUGAUCGAUUGCGUCAGGGCUGAGGAUCAAGGCUUGAAGUACUGUGUGUCCGUGUCUAAAAACGUGGUGGCCCAGUCGGCGGCGACGGUACUUUUGGUUAACAGCACCAAGACUACCGAAUGCAGCAGCGAGAGCCAGCCCACGAUCACCCUGCACUCUACCUGGCGAUUCGCCCUUCGCGACAGCACGGUAAUUCUUCCGUGCAGAGUCGUGGGUCAGCCGACGCCUUUUCUAUUCUGGAUAGACAAUGCGGACAAGAUCGUACAUCCCGCCACGCACGACAGGCACACCGUCCUACCUAAUGGCGAUCUGCAGAUUACGGAGCUCGAAUGGAUCGAUAUGGGCCGGUACACGUGCAAGGUGCAAUCGGGAUACACGGAGAAGAGCGUGUCCACAUUUCUGUAUCCCGUACUUCCCAGUGAAGCAAAUGAAAGGCAAAUGAUAAAUUCCUUGUAAAAAGGAUUAAAAAAUUCCUGCAUUUUCAAUGCUUUUAUUGUAAGCAUGCAUAAGUGACCAAAAAAUUUAUCACAUUCAUCUUUGUCUAUAAAAAUAGAAUGUAAUUUAAUUAGAAAUAUUGUGUACUAGAGAAAUGUACUUAUUUUUUUUUAAAUUAAAUUUACGAUACCAGUGCUACUUGUCCUCGCUUGAUGUUUGAGUGACAGAUUCGCUUCUCAUGUUGGAUUGACGCACAAAAAAAUUUUCUCUUGUAUUUGCGCAUCGAAGAGAAUUUGUAAAUGAGUUGAAAACAAUUUUAAUAAACGCGACCUAUAACAUCUAUGUAAAAAUGUUUACUCCUGCUAUUUGUAGAAAUCUUUAAAUACAGAACUUUAGAAGAAUUAAAAAA